AGUGAUUGCUAGUUUGGGAAAUUUACCGACGAGAGCUUUAAUUCCAUGAUCCCACACUCCCAAUUCACAUUCAGCAAACUCAGAUCCCACUUCUCAAUUUCACAAGUAUUGUACAACUUCCCGAUUUCCCUAAUCAAUCAAAACCUUCAAUCAAUCAAAACCUUCAAUCAAUCCAGAUUUCUUCCACUUAAUACCUUCUACAUUCCUUGUUCUUCAUCUUCUUUAACCAAGCUUAUUCCAUGGAGAAAUCCACACUUCAUUAACCUUCAAUCUUCAAUAACAAUGGCGGCAUCCCUUCAUCAAAGACAAUCACACACUCUAUUAACAAACCCAUAUUCUCUUUCUCCUCCUUUUAUCUCCCUAAACAAAAGAUCUGCUUCACUUCUAACUCGCACUAAUCUGCUCCUCCUUUUAUCACUCCUCAUAAUUCUAGGUUUUCUUUACCCUUACUCGGGAAUCUCUCAAUCAUUUUUGUCAAAUUCCCACUUCCAGUUUCAGUCUAAAUGGAGGAAUUACUCCCUUAAAGAUGCAGUUUCUUUUGUUGGUACAAAUGGGACUGUGAUAGUUUGUAUUGUUAGUGAACCUUAUUUGGAUUUUUUGAAUAAUUGGUUGAUUAGUGUUACUAGACAUAAACAUCAAGAUAAAGUUUUGGUUAUUGCUGAGGAUUAUAAUACUUUGUAUAAGGUUAAUGAGAAAUGGCCUGGUCAUGCUGUGCUUAUUCCUCCUGUUCUUGAAUCUACUUCUGCUCAUAAGUUUGGUUCUUUGGGGUUCUUCAAUUUUACGGCCAGGAGACCUCAACACCUUUUGAACAUAGUGGAGCUUGGGUACAAUGUUAUGUACAAUGAUGUUGAUAUGGUUUGGUUGAAAGACCCUUUUCCUUAUUUGGAGGGAAAUCACGACAUCUACUUUAUGGAUGAUGUAGCUGCGGUGAAGCCAUUGAACCAUUCCCAUGCCCUACCACCUCCAGGUAAAAAAGGACGGCCUUACGUUUGCAGCUGCAUGAUUUUUCUUCGGCCUACUAGUGGUGCCAAGCUGGCUAUGAGAAAGUGGAUCGAAGAACUUCAAGAACAGCCAUGGACAAGAGCAAAGAAAGCCAAUGAUCAGCCUGCUUUUAAUUGGGCUUUAAUGAAAAUAGAAAAACAGGUGGAUAUGUAUUUGCUUCCUCAGUCGGCAUUCCCAACCGGAGGUUUGUACUUCAAGAACAAGACAUGGGUUCGUGAAACCAAAGGCUCACACGUCAUUAUCCACAACAAUUACAUCCUAGGAUUCGAGAAAAAGAUUAAGCGUUUCCGUGAUUAUGGCCUCUGGCUAGUCGAUGAUUUUGCCUCCGAGUCUCCACUUGGCAAACUAUAGAACAAACGGCAUCAUGAUGUUUUUGAGCUCAACGCUUUUUUGUGAACUGCAUAUGUGAACGCAUCUUGGCCGAUCUUCAGGAUGUUUCUAGAAAGAUUGUUCUGAAUUGUAUCAGGCGCGUAUACCUCGAAGGGUUUUGGCGUUUUUUCAAGCUUAUGUUCGGGUUUGUACUGGAAUUCCUCCAUUAUCAAAGUUCCAGCUGAUGUAAAAUGGUAGUGUAGGAGCAGAGGUCCAGAUUAAUUUGACAUAAAAAGUGUUAAUUGUUGUAAUUUAAAAAUUUUCAGAUAUUUGAUUAUAAACAUUCUUUCUCUAAUCAGUUUCUUUGAAUAGUAUAUUCUUUAUCCAAGAGA